GCGCAGCCGGCGCAGCAAACUUCACGACGCUCCGUGCGACCGGUGCGACACGAUGGGCGCGGAAAUCGAUCUUUCGAUUUGUAAAAAGGUUCGAUCGGCACGAGCCAUCGAGGACGCGUUUUAUCGCGUAUGUUUACUAAUAUAACGGGUGGCGUCUAAUCAAUAAAAGGGAAAAAGGAGGAAAGAAAUGGCUCUCUACGACAAUCAACAUUGGCUUCUGUCGCACAUCAGGGACAGCUUUCUCGCGACAGACGACACAGGUAUGUGCGAUAUGGUGAUAUUGGGGGAGAAUAUUCCUAAACAGUUGAAGAAAAAUGGAACGCUGCAAUGUUAUCCUGGAAUGGAAGAAAGUGACGAUGAGGAUCUGGACGAAAUGGGAGAAUCAUAUGACAUACAAAUGGAAAUGGAAUUCAGUCACAGACAGAGAUCUAACACUGCACAAAGACUAGAGAAAAUGGACAUAGAAAGGAAAAAAGCUGCCAAAGUCAAGCAUGUCAAAUGGGAGCACAAUCCUAAUGCCGUGACGCCAACAGAUCAGUCAGAUCUGUUUCAAAGGAAAGAUUUUCGUAGGAAAACGCCAGUGAAAAAAGGACAAUCUCUUUUGUCGGAACAACUCGAAAAGUGUCCAAAUUUACCACCAAAUCCAUUCAAGGAAUAUGCCAAAUUUGAUGGCAACGCGCAGGUGAGCAUCCCUGUGAGAAGAUAUAGAAUAUUCAUGUGUAUGCUGCCGAGAGAGGACAGAAUGUAUCCACUUCAGGUGGUGGUAACAGUAACAGCGCGAGUAUUGGACUUCAUCGGGUUGAUUUGCUACAAAUAUGCAAGUGAACGUCCCGAUCAUAAUUUAAAGGAAAACAUUUCACAUUAUGGACUGUACAUCACCGAGGAUGACGGUGAGAUAGAUUCGGCCUUUCCUUGUUUGGACCCGUACGAAACUAUCUCCAAAUUCGAAUUCACUACGCUGGGCCUGAUCGAGAUGAAGCCGAGCGAUAAAGCACGACACAACACAAUCAGUUGCAUUCAGGCGAAAAAUGAGGAGGACCCGGAGAUUAAAAGUAAGGAGCAGGAGGAAGUUGCAAACGACCUGGCUAAGAUGGAGGGUCACACUACUGCGAUGGAGGCGCCGUUGUAUCAAUCGUACAGGGUAUAUAUAAUUAACAAGAUGCGAGCAAAGACUGAAAUUCAUCUCGGAAUAUCGGGCGAGAAGAUAGAGAUAGAUCCAGUGAUAACAGGCAAAGGCGCUGCUAGGUUUUGGAAUAGACAGCGAGCAGUCAGUUAUCACAUAGACAGCAUCGCCUGGUGCGAAGUGACCGAGACUAAGGGGUCGAAAACUAUAUUUACGCUGGUUUAUACCCCGCAAUCCAGUGCUCCAGAUAAUUUUCUGAGCCAAAGUCAUUCACUUCACCAAUCAGCAUCGUUCAAAAAUCACGAUUUUGAAGCGGAUUCGGUGACGGCCGAGGAGAUUGUACGGAAAAUCAAUCACAUAUUGGAGCUGCACAGCAGCCAGUCAAGAAAGGAAUAUCUCGCGCAGAAGGAGAGGAAAGCAGCGAGGAGAAAGAGCUUUCAUCUACAUAGAUGACAGCUCUAUUGGUUAUUCUGUACAAUCUUAGAUUAUUUGAAGCAUUGAAUAUUAAUAUACCACAGAACGUGAUCGUAAGAGUCGUUCUAACAUCAGAAAUAUCUUUAUACGAUCGAAUCAAUAUCUCGAAUCUCCUUGACGUGCCAGAAAUGGCGUAAAAUAGACGGUCUUCUCUAGAAACUAGACGUAUUCCAUAGAUAUAAAGUUUAAUGUUGUGUAAUACCGGUAAAUUAUUUUUUGAGUAUUUAUUACAUCUCAUCUCAAUCUCAUUGAUGUGAAUGCGCCACAAAUACGGUCGUCACACACCAAUAAGUAUCGUAUAAUCAAUCGCGUGUUGUCGUACGCAGUGUUGUCAUAUUUAAUUAAUUUAAGUGUUAUUUAUACUUUUACUAUUGAUGCUCCUACCUGUAAGUUUGUAGAAUUGAAACAAUAAACGAUACCUAAAGCUA